AAACUUUUAUUUAUUACUGCCAAAUUGGAAUUGUGAAAACAUCAGAGUAAAAAAAAAAAAGAAUUCAAAUGUUGUUUUAAUAUUCGCCACAAACCACGAUUUCCACCUUGUCACAUCCAGACCGUCGCGACCAGUCCGCCAUGUCGGUUGCCAUGGAGAUCAGCAGCUACACUCCCGUGCUGCUAUCUGCGGUGUGUCUACUGGCUGGGUACAUCUGGCUCCGGCGCCCCAAGCCCCACGCCCCACCCUGCCCGAGGCGACCCCUGCCACUGCUGGGGAACAUGUUCCACAUCCCUGCCAACCCCCGGGCUGUCUUCAAACAAUGGCGACAGGAACACGGCGACAUUUUCUGUCUGUACAUAGGACCCACCACGAUGAUCAUCCUCAAUGGCUAUGAUGUCAUCAAGGAAACACUAAUUAAGAGAGCUAAUCAGUUCUCAAACAGACCGGAUUUUUACGUUGAUCAGGUGGUCGGGGUACCCAACAUGGGGGUCAUGGCCGCCUCCGGACCCAACUGGAAGGAACAGAGGUCCGUGUCUCUCGCCAUCUUGAGGAACUUCGGCAUGGGGAAAAACGUCAUGGCCGAGAAAAUUCUAGAAGAGAUCAAGUCCUACCUGGCUCUGCUCGAUUCUUACGACGGCGAGCCGACGGAUAUUCGAAUACCGACUAACAUGAGCGUCGCUAACUUCAUCUGUUCGAUGAUGGUCGGGGAACGAUACGAUUACGACGACCCCACUUUCCAGAAACUCAUCUCUCUCAUGAACUACACUAUUUCUAAAGUUCAAGGGUCAAGUAUUUUAAACCUGAUACCGGCCUUGCAAUAUUUACCCGGGGAUUUGUUCGCGGCCCACAAGGUCAAGGAUGCGGUUCUGGAGAUGCAUCGAAUAUUCGACAAGAGAUUCCAUGAGCUGAAAGACAAUUUGAAAACUGACGACUCGGCAAGUUUCAUCGCGUCGUACCUGAACGAGAAAGAAAAAAGACAAAACGCGGGGUUGAAAACGUACCUCGACGACGCCAACCUCAUUAAAAUUGUGGUUGAGAUUUUCGGCGCCGGGUUCGAGACCUCAAGCAGCACCAUUUUGUGGUGCGUUCUUUUCAUCCUGCACAACCCGCACGUUCAGGAGAAGAUUCACCAAGAACUGGACGCCGUGGUGGGCAGGGAACGGACCCCGAACAUGCAAGACAAGCCGAAUCUGAAAUACCUGACCGCCGUUGUCAUGGAGACCCAGCGUCUUGCCAGCGUGGCCCCGCUCGGGGCGCCCCACACCUGUUCAGAGGAGACGCUUCUGCGGGGGUUCAACAUCCCCAAAGACGCCUACAUCCUGCCCAACCUGGACUCGGUCCUGCACGACCCAGCCGUCUGGGGUGACGAUGUUGACCAGUUCCGACCCGAGCGGUUUCUCGACUCGGACGGUCACGUGACCAAACCCGAACACUUCAUCCCGUUUUCCGCUGGCCGGAGACUGUGCCUGGGGGAGGGGGUGGCGAACAUGUUCCUGUUUUUGUACCUGUCCUCCAUGUUCCACAGGUACACCUUCGCCCCACCCGACCCGUCCCACCCCCCACCCUUAGACGACAUCUUCGGUAUUGUUGCCGCGCCGAAAAAUUUCAAAGUCAGUAUUACGAAAAGAAAGGGAUAGAACUCAUGUAUUAGAGAGAUUACAAAAAUUAUCAGAGUUAUCGAACCUUUAUGAGUUUCAAGUCUUUGUGAUGUACACACUUUCGAUUUGAUUCAAACAGCUCAGCAAAGAGACAUCGAAUGACGUGAUCAAAUUAACGCGGAUGAUUCAUUCCCCGGUGUAAAAGAACAUGCAAUCUAUAACAAUCAGUGAUUGAAAUUUUAAGUUUCACUUCCUAUUUAAUUCCAUGGAUGCACUUUAAUGAAAUUUAGCGGAGAUUAUAAUUUCGAGGCUGAGUUGGAUCAUUAGUAAAUGCGUUAAUUGUUUUUUUUAAAUUAUGUAGCAGUAACUAAAACAGCACAAUUAAAGCUGCUACAAUCUAGGUCCAGGGAAGGUCCUUUGUGGACAUGGCUACACCUGGACCUGUUACUGUUACAGGUGCACUGAAUUCCCGGUUUUCUUUAAGUUAUUACUAAUUUAUAUCUAUAAUUAUUGAAUAUAUUUUUUACCAAAAAUGGAAACAAGGUUGAUCUAAAAUAAACUGCUUAAUGUGGUUGGUCAAAGGCACCUACUUCACACAGUCGAUUUGACUCUGAUGGUUUUGUUGAUUUUUGUGUGGUGUGGGUGUGGUGGGGGUGUGUUGUUGGUGUA